CUUUAGAUCUGUUUCUCUUUCACAAUCUACUUCGAACGGUAAGUCGGGUUUCACAUUGAAACGAUGGUUCUUGUAACAUUCAGGACGUAUUUAUAAGAUUUUAACCAGGACUGGUGAGUUAACUUCUGAUUUAGAGAGCGGUUUCGCCAAGCGUCAUUGCGUAUAAAUAGGGGUUUCUAAAUAGCUACAAUAUGGAGUUUAAGUAUCCCGUAUACGGCAAACGGCAAACGUCAGAUUCAAGUUGAGAAUUUCUCAAAAUAGAAAAUGAGCCGAUAAAAACAGCUCAAAACAAUUCUUAUUUACAUGUUGAAAUAAUGAACAGUAGGGGAACCUUGGUCACACGGUACAAAUUCGCGUUUGCCGUUCGACGUAAACGUGAUGCUUAACAUCUCCAAUAUCAACUAUACGUCGAAUGUAGCUAACUUUGAGUUUCUCCUUUGGACGUUUGUCUUGUGCUUGUUAGCUGAAAAGUGGUGAACUUUACAGUGAUCCAUUUACGGCAGUGCCUGAUCCAAGCGGAAGUCGAAAUCAUAUUCGUACAUUUUGAAGUUCCAAGUCAAAUUAUUUGCUGAAAGAGCUGAUUUCGUCGAACGUAAUUUCUCAGUUUAGACAUCACAUACAUAAACAACUCGUCGACAGAAUUCAAAAUUAUCUCAUUAGCAUUAUAUCAACAGGGCUAUAAUAACUUCUGGUUCGCAGUACAUGGCAAACGGGCGGACUACACGUGUUUAAUUUGGGGACUUCAUUAUUUCUUUUUCGUUUUGACCACGUUUCUAAAUUUUAUUUCUGUAAUGACAGACUUAAGAGUUGACGGUUGAUUAAUUCAAUGUCCCGAAAUAAAGCAAUGCAAUGACAUUUUUAUUACAUGCAAACCACAAAAGACGUGCUCCCAUGCAAACUACCCUUGGGGUGAAUUUAAACAAAUGUCUUCCUACAUGCUUUGUGCAAUUUAUGCGCUUGAGCAACUGUCUGUUGUAGAAAUCAUCAUAAAGCCUCAUUAACACUUACAAAGGUUUCCUUAAAAACGUCUUCCGUUGAAGCGAAAAUAGAAAAUACGGUAAUGUGAUAUUAUACAUUUUUGUCAAAACUCUACACUCUCAAUUUCCCUGCAGUUUGUGAACCCAAAACAAAAGAUUAUCCACGGUCAGAGAGCUCCCAAAAUAGAAUCAGAACCGUUGUUUUCAUCUUUAAUUUGCAGCCCUCAAUUCAUAACACUAGAAAAAAGUUAAGACUAAAUGUAAUCCUGACUCACGCCCUCUUUCAAAGCCUGGAGUCGUCUAUAGGCAGUUUAAUUCCAAACCUGAUCGGUGAACGCGAUUAUGUGUGCGUGUGUUAUUGGCUAGGGGAAUAGAAGGAUUUUUUUGGUUGCCUCACCUGUCUAAUUAGAUUUUAUGGUUUGUUUUUCAAGGAUAUUCAGAACGGAAUAAAGAGAGCCUCUAACAAUGGCAUCAUCAACCAACGCAGAUUCAGUUGAGGAGCUUGUUGCAGAAACUCUGGAGAACUUAACUAUUAAAGAAUUUGGAGGUGAGCCAAAAACGUUAAAGGAGCUUUCAAGCCCAGAAAAGUUCUUAAACUGGCAGUUUCCGAGUUGGAAGUACAACAAUGAGACUGUAAUGAUUCCCCCUGUCUUCACUCCUUGCCAACUUGGCCUGACUGUUUCCAGAGGAGGCCAAUAUCGUCACCAAGAUGAAGUCAACAUCAUUGGAAUAAGAGGUGAGGAUCUAGUCUACAAUCGUCUGCAACAAAUUGGCCAGGCGAAUAAGCUAGGAAUGUUCGUUAUUCAUGACUUCAAGCUCGAACAUAUCAAAAAAUGGAACGAGGGAUGUAAAGGUGAAAGGCCCGAAGACCAAGUACCAAAGCCGCCCAAAUCAGCAGGGCAAAGUGAUUUUAUUGUUUUUAACCAUAAAAAGGGAGUUAUUCUGGUUGAGGUGAAAAAUAUAAGGGAAACAACUGAAGAAGGUGCUCAAAAAUGUUCCAAUCUGGAUAAGGAGAUCGAAGACGCUAGGGAAAACCAGCUGAAACGAUGCAAAGAAACAGUGGUGGCUUUUGCUAGAUCUUUUUCUGACAGUGAACAGAAGAGUGACAUAGACCCAUUUCCAGUCCGCAUGGUUAUAGCACUGCCCUCGACCAAAAAAUGUACUGUACAUGAAUGUCCAGAUGACACUUUGUUCAUAUACCAGGAAGACCUGAAAAGUCUUGAAAGCUUCUGGUGCUGGUGGAAUGACAAAAUCGAGACAGAUGAGUCAGUGGCUACCACAGUGGACAACAACAAGGCCUAUGAGCUCGCAUUGUCACGAGUCUUGGCGGUACGACAUUUGGGUCCCAUAAGCGAGAAUGAGUACACAGCUAUCACAAGUCACACUUUAAAAAACUUUAAGCACCUAGAGAAUCUGGCUGAACACUACUGGACGAUUAGAGAAACAGAACAUCCCCAUCUCUUUCGGUGGUGUCAAGACAUGUUCCAAGUUACAGAAUCGCACAGUGAGCUUUCUGGUGAAAAAGUCUUAAAAAAACAAUGUUUUGCUGCUUUAGGGAGUCUUGGCAUUCCUGAAAAGGGAAACCUUCACAAGAAUCUCAAUAGGAGUCUCUCUGAUAAAAUGUUCUUGUGGGGUGACAAGCCAACAGUUGAGGACGAAAACGUUUUCCAGUACCUCUCAGUGAAGUACAUUAUGGACAUGGCCAGCAUUGUCAGCUACAUGAACAGAGCCAAUGAGGCAUCGAAAGAAACGACCUUGACUGUACCAGACACAACUCUGAAGGACCUCAACCUGGAUAACACGGACACAAUUAACUGUCUGAAUGAACUUUCAAAGCGCUUAGCCAAACAACAAAGCAAGUUUUUAUUGGGCGAGCAUUGCACAAACCUCGAUGUAGAAUUAUACAGCAGCCUUUCUGAGGGAGACAUAAGAAUCCAGCCACUUCGUGGCAAGAGACAAUGGGCGCCGAUUUUUACUGUGGAACAGCUUGCUGUGUUUGAAGGACCAAAGAAACAACUCAUAAUCGGCGGACCGGGGAGUGGAAAAACAGAAUUAAUGAGGUCUAAAGCCUUGCUUCUCAGCCAGCAAACCAAAGGAGAACAAAGCAUUCUCUAUUUGAUUCAAUUGCCAGAAAAAGAAAAGACUGUCUUCCCAAACGCUAUGAGACAGUAUUUUAAACAAAACAAGGCAAAAAAUAUUCACGUAAAGACGAUUGAUCUCGAAGGUGAAACCCUUGAAGAGAAAAGGGCACAGAGAAGAGGACAAUGCUCCCAAAGAGGAGUACAAGAAUACGAUCAUAUCUUGAUUGAUGACCUAUGGAUCGUUCAGGAAUAUGAUCAUAUCUUUAUUGACGAACUAUGGAUUGGUUCAAAGAAACGAUACCAGAUGCAAGAGGACUCUGACGCAAGCAGCGUCAUUGAUGAGCUACGUAUUGUAAAGGAGGCACUCGAGAAGAAUGUCAACGGCUACGUUUGGAUGAGUUCUGUCUUUGACUACAAGAAACAGCUCUUUGAAGAUGAAAAAAGCGGAGAAGAGAUUGAACGGCUGCUAAAAGCCCAAAAGUUACAAGGAAAAGAAAACCCACUUUACAGAACCCUCAGCACUCCUUCCCUCUUGGAGACAUUACAAAGAAAUGGUGGAGUUGUGAGCCGGAUCAAGCACUUGCUUAGAAGCACAAACAAGAUUGUAAAACUAUUGCAGGAUUAUAGUGCCCGCUACUUCGACCGAGAUUUCCCUUACGGCACAGACAAAAUGCUCAACCACAACGUGGAAGGUCAAGACAUAAGCUGGAUCGCAGUCCAACCACAAAGACGUAGCGACACCACUUCACAAGACAGGGAAGAACUUGUCAGGCUAAUGUACAAAGAGUGCGCAAAAGUCGUUAAUAAAGCACUAGGUUCCUCUUCAAAAUUACGACCACCAUCGAUGAAAGCAAAGAAUCUGCAGCUCUUCUCUGGAGACAUAAUGGUCGUAAAUUUCGUCGCCAGAUAUGGAACAGAGAACAACCUGGGCGACGAGCUACGAAACCAGGGAGUACAAUUCCAUGAGCUGACAGCAAAAGGGGCAGUUCCUGAAGAUUAUCCAAGAUGGUCUUGCGACAAGGUAUGCCUUUUACAGUCAAAUUCAAGAUUUGAUUCUACCCUUAUUGACGGAACAGAGUGGCCUAUGGUGGUUAUACUUCACACAUCUGAAUUGCUGUUAAAGUCUCUUCGCAACUACGAUACAUUCAUAGCUAUGUUCAGAGCACAGGCAAAACUUGUCGUUUUAUCAGAUUCAUGGAGAUCUUCCGAAGAAUUCAUAAAAGUUAUAGACGAAAAGAUUAAAUGAUCAGGAAGAGGAAAAACAACCAUAACUUCGGUGCACGAUUUCUCGAGCACUGAUUGGUCGAGAGUUAAGAUAUGACGUGAAGGUGACGCAAUUUGUUUUUCUCUUCCUUCGGCGCUCGAUUUUCCGAGAAACUUCAACGGAAAUGGACGUCAAAAACUGUCAAUAUUUUUGCAAAAAACAAAUAGACAACAAUUUUUCAUGAUUUAUACUCUAGCAACUAGUGACUGGCGCGGGAGAAGCCAUGUUGUCCGAGCCAGCGCUCGACCACUAACUUAUAACUGACUAACUUAAAUACUCUUCUCAACAAUAGAAAAGUUAAUGUCCUCGAAAUGUUCAAAAAUUUGCAAUGAAGUAACCCGCCUGCGGCUCGUAGCCCAAAUUAAGUACUGAACAUUUGUCGUCAUUUAUUGCGGGCGACAAGAGGAGCUCGCAAUCCUAAUCUCCAGGUUGCUAUUACGCAUGCGUCGCACAUAUGUGGCCAGCAUUCGUUUGGACUUUCACUAAGAAUCAAUGGAAUGUACAAAACGCAAUUUGAUCACGCGCGUUUCAACCUUUUACCCCUCGUAAUUUAAUCACGCUUUUUUGACCAUCUGUCACGUGAAACUUAUGCGUUGGAGCGAAAGAAUUUGGACCUCCGAUCGUUGUAGCCCGCACUCCUUAACCGCUGGUUAUUGCUAGUAUAUUAUUAGUAUUGCAGGCGUUAAGAAUCCAAUGCAUGCGGUCGACUGCAUAUCAAAGUUUGUCUUAGAUCUCUGUUGAUCGCAAAUGUUUUUCUUCUUCUUUUCUGUUGGUGUUUAAUGAUCAUAACCCUUAUAUUUUCUGUUAGUGCUAAAGUUUUCCUUCUGUUUUUUGUUGGUCGUCAAUGUUUGGACUUUUUCAGAUCAAGCAAAUCUUACUAUUGUUUAUUGUUCGCUGUGAUUACUCCGCAACCAAGUAUGCCCAGUGUUUUGUGCCCUUUUGUCCUGCUUUAAUUGUUAAUUUGUUUCAAAAAGAAAAGUGUCUGAUCCAGGAACAGAAAACUCGUCUAAGAACGAACUUCGCUGUGAGAUUUAUUAUUACGGGUAAAAUGAAAAUUCUUUAGGCAACAAUUCUUAUCUUGUUUAAGUGGCGAUAAUAGGGAAACCAAAGUUUUAUUCGCCCAAUGGAAAUCGCCGUAACUAACUUGUAUAAUCCUAUCGACAAUACAACGUUUUUUAUGACUGCAAGCCUUUUUUAAUUAAUUAAUAUUUAUUCGUUAAUUCGUAGUGCAUUUAUUUUUUCUUUAUUUACUUUUUUAAAGACCUCCCGCAAGAAUCUUCAUUUUUGAAGGAGGUGGGUUCAUGGACAAAGAAGAAGUAAAAUAACUAAUGCCCAAGACAAGAAAUUCGGUCGUUCAAAUGUUAGAUCGCGCUAUCCACUGGAUAAAUCACUCUCCAGCAACCUUUUAAAAAGCUGAAGCCUGGUAUAUAUGUUACAGGU